UACAGAUUCCGGAACAGCACACUUCCUGGUACAAAACAAAAAGUCGCGAUUUUACUACGUUUCGUGUUACCGUGACCAAAAUGACAUUCAGGACAUCAUAAGAAACUUUGACACAGCCACAAACGCUCUUUAUAAUUUCACGUGUUCGCCUGUGGAGAGAAUUGAAGGAUGACAGAUCCCAACAAACCUGGGCGCAAGCUGUCCACAUCAGGAGAAAGCUUAUACAAGAUCCUGGACCUGCAAAAAGGAGCUUCCUCUGAGGACAUUAAAAAAUCUUAUAGAAAACUGGCACUACGGUAUCACCCUGACAAGAACCCUGACAACCCUGAGGCUGCAGAAAAGUUUAAAGAGAUCAACAAUGCUAACUCCAUUCUUAAUGAUGAGACCAAACGUCAGAUCUACGAUCAAUAUGGAUCCAUGGGCCUUUACGUUUCUGACCAGUUCGGAGAAGAGAGUGUUAAAUACUACUUCCUCAUGUCAAAGUGUUGGUUCAAGGCACUUUUUUUCUGUACCAUGCUCUUCACUUGCUGCUGUUGCUGCUGCUGCUGCUGCUUCUGUUGUGGGAAGUGUGGAUCAAAAGAAGAAGAGGAGGAAUACUUCUAUGUGGAUCCCGAGCAACUUGAAGCUCAAAUGUUUGAAGAGCAAAACAAAGGAAAUCAAACUGUUAUCAUCGGACAGCCAGUUCCCUCUGCAGCUCCUGAAGCUUCACCACAGGGUCCAGUGAUCAUAGGCAUGCCUAUUCCUAGUCAAGACCCCAAGGACCAUUAAGGUGGAGACAGCAUACAGCCAGCUCUCUACAGAACAUCAGUCUUUUGCCUCUAAGGAUCAAACUUCUGUACAAAAGUGGCUGGCCAUGUUUUUGGACUUGGCCCACUGUCAGUAAGGGGAAAGUUAAAAUUCAGUGCAGCACUUGAGGAAAUUUUGGCUGAUAGGCAGGGGCUGUAUAGUGUGUGUGUGUGUGUGCAUGCACUCUGUGGACUGAAAGUGGUUCAGAAUGUACCGUUUACACUUACUGUACUUUUCCUUCUGUUCUUUUAAUGUGGUAUCAAGUUCUUUCCUAGAUUUAGAUAUUUAUAUAGUGAAAUCUUUUAAAUUAACAGUACCUAAUUUGCUUUUGACUGAGUUUCUCCAGCCCAAAGAAAUAUACUGGUGUUCAUAUUGUACAGAGUUUGGAAAAAGAAAAUGUAAUUAUCAAAUAUCUUUAGGAGCACACAAUACCAGCAUGUUUGGUCUGCCUUCGUUUGUCUUAAUUAGCAAAUUUAAAUGGGAAAUAUAUAAUAGUUUAAAUGACUGUGGCCCUGUGAGACUUUAAUAUUUAUCUUUUCUCAUAAAAAAUAUUGACAGUAUUUAAAAUGUUUUAAAUAUUUAUCAUGGACAAACACUUUAUAGGCAGCAGGGAUUGGACUAUGAUGCUGUAUUAGAGCAUUUUAAGUUAAAAUACUCUGCUUAAGAAUGUACUGUGAUUAAAAAAAUGCAAGCAAAUAUUAGUUUUUGAUAUCUACAUACAAGUCCAUAUUUAUAUCUGCCUCCAAAUAAAUGCUGUGUAUUCAGGCUCUUAGUGAAAUACAUUAAACCCCCAACCCCAUACCCUUCACCCCCACACACACAAACAAUUAUAAUUUGUAUAACUUGUCUCUAUUUUAUUAAAGACAAGUCAUAGAUUACUCAGGUAUCUGCAAGAUUGAGAUUUUUCAUGCUUCUGGGAUCUCACAAAACUAUUUUUCUUUUGAGAAAUUUAAACAAUGGCAUAACUGUAAUGAGUCGUCUAAUAUUUUUUUAUAUUAGUAUAAUGCAAAGUCGAUACAGUACAAUACUUCAAAUGUUUGUGCAAUAUAAAGAUGUUUGUAUUUGUAAAUUGGAAGUGUAUGCAAUGAUUUAAAUGGAAUAAAUUAUACUUUUGAGUGCCA